ACGUUGUACCCGAAUUCCAUUCCAUGAACGAAGAAGAAAGGAAGAGAAUAAUAAAUAUCACUCCCCUCUGAAUUAGAGUCUCUGUUUCAAGCUUUUGAUUUUUUUGACGAUGUCGCUGCUUUCAGAUCUUAUCAACCUUAACCUCUCCGAGACCACCGAGAAAGUUAUCGCCGAAUACAUAUGGAUUGGUGGAUCUGGUUUGGACAUGAGGAGCAAAGCAAGGACUCUCGCAGGACCUGUUGAUGACCCUUCAAAGCUUCCCAAGUGGAACUAUGAUGGUUCCAGCACUGGUCAAGCUACUGGAGAAGACAGUGAAGUGAUCUUACACCCACAAGCAAUUUUCAAGGAUCCAUUCAGGAGGGGCAACAAUAUCCUGGUUAUGUGUGAUUCCUACACUCCUUCUGGGGUGCCACUUCCGACAAACAAGAGACAUGCUGCUGCAAAGAUUUUCAGCCAUCCUGAUGUUGUUGCUGAAGAACCUUGGUAUGGCAUUGAGCAGGAAUACACCUUGUUGCAGAAAGAUAUCCAAUGGCCUCUUGGAUGGCCUGUUGGUGGAUAUCCUGGCUCACAGGGACCAUACUAUUGUGGCAAUGGUGCUGACAAGGCUUUUGGGCGUGACAUUGUUAACGCACAUUACAAAGCAUGUCUUUACGCUGGCAUUAACAUCAGUGGAAUCAAUGCAGAAGUGAUGCCUGGCCAGUGGGAAUUCCAAGUUGGUCCAUCUGUUGGCAUCUCUGCUGGUGAUGAGAUAUGGGUUGCUCGUUACCUUUUGGAGAGGAUCACUGAGAUGGCUGGGGUGGUGCUUUCCUUAGACCCUAAACCAAUUAAGGUGGAUAAUCCUGAACAGGGUGAUUGGAAUGGUGCUGGUGCUCACGCAAAUUACAGCACCAAGUCCAUGAGAAAUGAUGGUGGUUAUGAAGUGAUAAAAAGUGCAAUUGCCAAGUUAGAGAAGAAGCACAAGGAGCACAUUGCUGCUUAUGGAGAAGGCAAUGAGCGUCGUCUCACAGGAAAGCAUGAGACAGCUGACAUCAACACCUUCUUAUGGGGUGUUGCAAACCGUGGUGCUUCUGUGAGGGUAGGCAGGGAGACUGAAAAAGCAGGGAAAGGGUAUUUUGAGGACAGGAGGCCAGCUUCUAACAUGGAUCCUUAUGUGGUCACUUCCAUGAUUGCAGAGACAACCAUUCUCUGGAAGCCAUGAACACCACCCUUGAAUCACUCCAUCACUGAUGAUUCUACUUAUAAUAGUGCUUCUGUGUUUCAGUUAGAAUUUAGUCUCUUGUUUUGUCUCAUGUGAUGAUGUUUAAGGACUUCUUUGUUGGUGCUACCUGCUUCUAUCAGUCAAGUGUGUUGCUUUAUUAGUGUCCUGUGUUUACUAUAAUGUAAUGGCCAUGAAGUAAUAACAAUGUUAGACUGGAAUUGUCCCCAAAUUUGAGUUUCCUGACAACUUAUUCCAACUCUUUAGCGUGAUUCAUAAAGUGCCUUAAUUUAUGUUUUAUACUUAGAAUUUCAAAAUCAAAUUAUGGAAUCGAAAUCAUUUUAUAACAGUCAAGUUGUGA